GGUUUGUUUACUACGGGGCAUGAGAGGGGUCGGAUGGGACGGCUAUCAACCAUUAGCCCAUUGCUAUUGCCAUCAUGUCGGUGCUGAGCAAGUUGCAAGAAGGCUUUACAAAUGAAGACCACAAUUACCUACGAGUUUUGCAGGUUAUACGCAGCCAGGGCCAGAAAGUGCUAUAUCAGGUCCUGCUCUGGGGUUGGCCAAAGGAUGUACCUGUGAAAGACAUGGGUAACCAUUUUCUUAUUGAUUUGCCUCAGACAGGAAAGAUUAAGCUUAAGAUCUUUGACAAAACACAGCAGUCUAAUAUCAAGGCCGACCCAGUGGGAAAAACUUAUGAUGUGACACUGCUACAUAAGUGCAUUAAAAUUGCCUGUGUUGGCCUGGCACCCUAUGAGGAUGAUGCUUGGAAGACAGGAGAUGACACACGGCUUGAGUCCUUGGUGACCCAAAUCAAAACUAUGAGAAAUGAUUUGUUUCACAACGUAAGUAACAUAGACAACAAAACCAUGUUCACUAAUAUUGAAGAUAUCAGAAAAGUUUUGAUGAAGACUAUCCAAGCUGCAGGACUUUGCUUUCAUGUAGAUCCAAAAGAAAUUAAUGAUAUCAUUGACAAUGUAAAUUACAAUGUCAAUGCAAUCAGAGAUGCUAAACUUGCUCAAGGGGAUAUUAUGAAAUAUCAGAAGGAAUUGUUACAUGAACAUUUGAAAAAUUUUCUGAAGAAGAAUGGCUCACAGGAGCUGAAGAAACGUAUAAAGAAACUAAUGACAUUAAACCCAUUCCACUUCCUUGAUGGAAGUAAUUACUGUUUAGAAUUUGGAAAUGUAUUCUCUAAAAUUGAGAUAGAACAAGGUAAUGGGGGCACCAAAAAUCAAGAGAUUGAAUAUAGAGAUAUACUUAAACUAAGUGAAUCAUGCGAGACCAUAUCUAGUUCUGCUAGUGAUGAAGAAGCUGUCACACUGAUACUUUUGGAAGGGCAAGCAGGCUAUGGAAAAACAACUAUGUUCAAGUUCAUCUUAUCAGACUGGGAAAGUGGCACAAAUUCCAUAAAGGACUUAGCAUCAUUUGAUCUAGUUCUGCCAAUUAUGUGUAGAGACUCACAUGUAAGUAACUUCAGUGAACUUGUAAGUUCUCUUAUGCCCGAAACACUGUUAUCUUUCAGAAACAUUGAUGAAUUCAUAGUCUGCACUUCCAGCCUAAGACUUUUAGUUGUUGUGGAUGGGCUUAAUGAAAUGACAAAAGAAUCAGGUAAGGUCUUUAAUGACCUGCUAUCUCGAAUGAAAUUGCAUGAUAUGACUGUUCUAUGCACCAGCCGUCCAGAAACAGUGGAUACCUUCUUUUACAAAAGAGUUCCUUCUGAACUGAAGAAAGUUCACUUGAAAAUCAGAGGAAUACCAGUAGAGCAGAGAGGGGAUUUUGUUCAGAAAUACCAUGAUGAAAUGAUCAAAAAGAGCAAGAGUAAAAAGAGUACUGCUGGCCUUGUGGAGUACAUCAACAGAACAUCAAGUAAGCUCCAGCACCACUUUAAUUCACCUCUUAAUCUUGUACUUCUAACUCAUCUUUGGUCUAUGUAUCCUGACAUGGUGAACAGUGUUACAACUGCAACUGAGCUGUACUCAAAAGUGGAUAUGUUGCGGACUGAGGAACUAAAACAAAGACUGUCCUCCAGUUGUACAAAUUUAGAUUUAAUUAGAGAUUGUAAAAGGUUUGAGAAAGCAUUGUUUGCUGAAGCACUGAUAUCAAUCAGUGAAAAUGAUGCUAACUUACCAGAAGAAUCAAAACAAAGGUUAAGGAAAACAUGUGAUGGGCUCAAGUUGGAUUUUGAGAAAGUCUUAUUUCACUUCUUAGUCAUGAAGGGAACCUUUACAGUGACUGGUAGAAGCGAGGUGAUCACAUUCCCGCAUCAGGAUAUUCAGGAUUAUUAUGGAGCCAGGUGCUUGUAUUUUGCUCUCUUGAAUGAUAGUUAUUUUAGCUUCAUAAAGCAUAGUGUAUCGAGGAAGAAAUUAAGUUCAUGGAAAGGCUUUUGGAGUUUUUUGGGUUUUGAAAAACAAGUUCCCUCACUUCCUGAGGCCCUACCAGAACCACAUCCCUUCCAAGUAAAGAGAACCAUAUCUGAAAUUUUAGAAGUAAUCCAUGGUACUAAGAUUGGCCUCAUAGUGUUUUCCAGGUAUUGCAAUGUGCUAAAACACCUUGCGGGGCUUCUAGGUCAGCAUGUACACCAGGUGCCUGAUGAGCUUUCCAAAGAGCUGCUCAAACUAUUCAGCCAUGCUGGCAUUGUCAGCAGAGAUUCAUGGCUUGAUAUCCUAAGGGAAGUGAAAUGUGAUGCAUCAACAUCAAAGUACAUUGCCUGCUUUGUCUCACAGAGCUGCAAGGGUCAUAUCUAUGUCAGUGAUGAGGAGGUAGGAAUCUAUGCCUCACUCAUGCCUCAUUCCAAGCCAGAAAAAGUGACUCUAGAAUUGACCAGCAACCCACGUGAGAUUCCACGUCUGCCAGAGCUCCUCAGGGCAGUAGGCAACCAUAAGGGUGUUAAGGUGGAUCUGAAGUUCCAUUAUGACUUCGUUCAUGGACAUGAAUUGGAUCACCUGCUUGAACAUCUUAAAUUUGAACAUGAAGAUAUAAGAUGUAACCUGAAAGUGCUGAUGGGACAUGUGUCAGACAUGACCAUACUGCCAGUGACAAUAGAAGAAUUGGCCCUGUCGGUAAGGAAUGACGAAGACGCCAAGAAACUCAAGAGUCUUAUUGAUUCCCUGCCAACUACUUUGCCAAAUCUAAAUAAGAUGGAUAUAUUCCUGACAACUGAAGUGAGCCUGGCUGCGAUGCCCGCCAUGCCCCAACUAACGUACACCCCAAGUCUGUUUUUCUCAAGAAUGGAGCCUGAGUCAGUCGAAUGGGCUUGCCGCAUGAUGGGGGGAAUCCAGAGCCAGAAAGGGUUCAUGAAAGUAACUCUCAGAGAAUGUUCACUCUCACUGGAGGAAGUUAGUGAGCUGGUCAAAGGCUUAAAAUCCCAUGGCGUCAAGAUAGUGGAUGAGCUGCGCAUCUUCUCGUCUUCUCUGGGGUCAGUGUCAGCCGACCUCACAACUCUGGUGAAAUCAGAGCUUGGCUGCACGCUUACAGU